AUGUCACGUAAUCUAAAGAGGACAGCGAGAGAUGACUUAGAAAACAAGCCAAAGAAAGCUAAACAAAAUAUUGGCUCAGAUAGCGAUAGCGAAUUAAGCGAUUUAGAUAAUAAUUAUCUUGAUAGAAACCAGGAUGACGGAGAUAGCAAUAAUAAAGAGAAACCCACGAAUGGUGACCUACCAGCUCUCAAGCAGGAGCCUUCUAUUAAAUCUGAAGAGCCUUCUCCUGUUAAGCAACCCAAGAAGGCGCCUUCAAAGACGCCAAAGAAGUCACAAACACCUAAAACUCCAAUGUCACAAACGCCUGCGUCCCCUUCAAAACUGAAGUCUGAAAAUGACGCAACUGACACACCAAAACAAGAACCAGACGAGGAGGACGACUACAAAUGGUGGGUUCAACAAGACACACUCGGUGAUGGCACACAGAGAUGGACAACUUUGGAGCACAACGGUGUUUUCUUCCCACCAGAGUACGUCCCUCUACCAAAGGAGGUUCGAAUGAAGUAUGAUGGCAAGAAUGUUGAACUUUCCUUGGAAGCUGAAGAAGUCGCAGGCUUCUACGCCGCUGUCCUUGGUUCAGACCACGCUGCAGACCAAGUCUUUAACAAAAACUUUUUCAAUGAUUUCUUGGACAUUCUGCGUAAACACCCACCUCUCGAUGGCACAAAGAUUCAAGAGUUCGAAAAGUGUGACUUCCAACCGAUCAAAGACUACUUAGACCAAGAGAAGGAGAAGAAGAAAGCAAUGACAAGAGAUGAAAAGAAAGCCGCUAAGGAACAACGUGAAGAGAUUGAGAAACCAUUCACUCAUUGCUUGUUGGACGGUCGUAAAGAGAAGGUUGGUAACUUCCGCAUUGAACCACCUUCACUCUUUAGAGGACGUGGUGCUCACCCAAGGAAGGGUAAACUGAAGUUGCGCAUAAAGCCUGAACAAAUUACUAUCAAUAUCGGCGAAGGCGCUAAAGUACCUGAGGCACCAUCAGGUAGAAAAUGGGGAAGCGUUCAACAUGACAAUACUGUCACUUGGUUGGCAAUGUGGAAGGAGAAUAUCAAUGGAAAUUACAAAUAUGUCUAUCUCGCUCCUGGUAGUACCUUAAAAGGUCAAAGUGAUAUGAGCAAGUUCGAAAAAGCCAGAGAGCUAAAACAACAUAUAGGACGAAUUCGGGAAGAUUACGAGGCUGACCUUAACAACAAGGUCAUGUACGACAGACAGAGAGCUACUGCCGUCUACCUCGUCGAUAGACUCGCACUUCGUGCUGGUAAUGAAAAAGGUGAAGAUGAAGCUGACACCGUCGGUUGUUGUUCUUUGAGAUGUGAACACGUUAUGUUAAGACCACCAAACCUUGUCACCUUUGAUUUCCUUGGUAAAGACAGUGUUAGAUUCUAUCAAGAGGAUAUUGAAGUUUCGCCCCAAGUUUUCAAGAAUUUACGCAUUUUCAAGAAAGAGCCAAAGGGUCCUCAAGAUCCAAUUUUUGAUAGAAUUCAAACAACGGUUCUUAACAAAUAUUUCGGUAAAUUCAUGAAAGGAUUAUCAGCAAAGGUUUUCCGUACUUACAAUGCUUCAAUUACUUUCCAAGAAGAGCUUCAGAAUACACCAAAGGAGGGUACCGUCGCUGAAAAGUUAUUGGCGUUCAACAGAGCUAAUAGGAAUGUUGCAAUUCUCUGUAACCACCAGAAAAACGUUUCAAAAACCCAUGGUGCUGCAAUGGACAAAAUGGGUGAUAGACUCAAAGCUAUAAAAUAUCAACGCAGGAAGAUACGUCAAAUGCUUGAACAAGUAGUUGAGGACAAGAAAGUAUGGAAGGAAAAUCCAAAGUUUAAGGAAGAGGAAUCUGACCUUGACGAUGAAUGGAUGGAUGCUCAUGAAGAUAACGAACGUGAAAAAGACAAAGAGAGACAAAGAAAGAAAUUUGAAAGAGAUAACGAAAAGCUUCGAUCUGAAGACCAAAAAGAGAUGAAACCACAAGAACUCGAUGAUAGAUUGAAUGAUGUCGAUGAAAAGUGGAAAACUAUACAAAAUGAACGCAGAAGUGGCAAGCCUGACGUCGGAAAGAAGUCUGAAUCGAAUCUCUUGACUUCCAUGCAAAAGAUCGAAGAUCGUCUCGAAGCGUUCAGAGUGAACGCAUCCAACAAGGAUGAAAUUAAGGAUGUUUCACUCGGUACAUCGAAGAUCAACUAUAUCGAUCCACGUAUAACAGUUGCUUGGUGUAAGGAAUAUGACGUUCCAGUAGAGAAGGUCUUCGCUAAGACGCUCUUGACGAAGUUCACUUGGGCUAUGGAAACGACACCAGAUUGGAAAUUCUAA